AUGGAACCCAAACUCCUCAACUCUCUCACCAGAGUUCCGCCAUUGCCGACCACCUUAUCUCUCCAAAACCACCGCCGACUAUUCUCACCUCACACUCGCCGGACACUCAGAUUCACUCCCAUCAACAACUCCACCUCCGACGACACCACUCCGGCAGCGUCUUCGCAAAUAACACCGCCUCCUGAAACAGUCGAGGUGAGAUUCCGAAGGCGAUCGUCGAGAAGGAAAUCGAAGAAGCUUCGCGAGGAAGGUGAUGGCGAAGAAGACGAAAGGUUUGCAAAGACGAAGAAGGCUGUUACUCCGGUGGUGAAGAAGUGGGAGGAGAUGAGCUUGCCGGAGAAAGCUUGGGAGCUUUACGUGGGAGAGAAAGGAGCUUUGUAUUGGCUUAAUAAGUUUGCUUACGCUUCGAUCUUUAUCGUCAUCGGAGGAUGGAUUCUGUUCAGGUUUGUUGGACCGUCGCUUAAUCUUUAUCAGUUGGAUUCUGCUCCUCUUUCUCCUGGUAAUUUGUUUAAGGGAUCUUGAUGAUGAUGAUGAGCCAUAGAUGAUAAUCUCAACAGUGUUGUGUUGAUCCUUUUGUUGUGGAUCUUUUUUAUCUUAUCUUAUCUUUUUCAGAGAUUUUGUAGCUUCUCUGGCUCUGAAUCUGAUGACGAUGAUAUGAAGAUUAUGAACUCAGUUAUUAUUCUUCAACUUCUAUUUUGUAUAUAUAUUCAAACCAAAAUGGUAAAUUUUCAAUUAGUUA